GGGGAGACAGGAUCUGAAGUGGGCUCUGUGUGGGCAGCUUCAGCACUGAUGGCAACGAGCCCAAUGCAGAACUCGAACUCACAAACUGCGAGACCGUGACCAGAGCCAAAGUUGGACAUUCAGCCGAUUGAACCACACAGUCACCCUUCGUUUUAUCUUUUAUGGAAAUAGAGAAAACUCAGCAAGUUCUUUUAAGGUAUCCCCAAUUUAACAGAUGGCCCAAGGCCCUAAAAAGAUGUCAGACAUUGACCUGGCAACCUCCCAGUUUGUGUCCCCUUGUACUUGGCCGCCUUACUUCCUGAGCUUCCUUCGGGCCCGCCACCUCCUUGCUCCCUGCUCACCACACUGCUGUCCUUCAAGGACCGGGUGAUCCAUAGGCAGGAGUUCCCGGCUCUACCCUUUACCCUCAGCAUAUUGUCUUUCCUACUGGAAAUUGGUGGGAGGAGUUGGAAAUUGGGAAUGUUGACAACACCCGCUAAAUGUCCCUAUGCUCCAGGAGAGGCUCACUGUCCCUCUCUUUGUACCUGCCCCCCUUUGCACGUUCUUAUCCCAACUUUGCCUUUCCCCCAGGCCUUUUCCCCUCAUGUUUGCCUCUGCUGAUUCCCCUGGCCAAAAAAGAGUGGUGGGGUGAAGUUUGGGGGUGAGUGAGGAGUAAUGAAGAUUUAGAAAGUGUGCUUAUAUUUUUUCAUUCACCUGAGACCACUUUUCCCCAAAGGUGUUCUUAAGACAGUGGGUUUACUCUUGUGCCUGAGUUCACUGGCAUGUGUUCCCAGGGUAGUACCUCCACAAGGUGCUACGCGCAGCUGGGUUCUGGGUUGUGUGGGUAUCAUCCCAUCAGCCUGCUGUCUAGUGGCCUCUCUGUGUCACAGUGACUUAGGAGGGUCGUGCAAGCAGGAUGGAGAAUGAAGGCUUUGCUUUAUUGGGGCUGCCUUGCCAGAGGAACGGGCAUUUCAAGGAGGGGAAGGAUGGUACAGCUUCGCUGAAAUAAGAAUUUAACUCAGACAUUCCUUUGUUGACCACAGGACAAACUCACAGUAGUGAUUUCCCCAAAACACCUUGGAGCGAGUGUCCUUAGUCGCAAAGAGGUCAAUCAGUAGAAGGCAGGCUCUGCUGUGCAGUUCCAGAAACCCGGCAGCUGGGAAAAAGCGGGCCCUCGGCAGUGGCCUUCACCUGCCACCCUUGAGUGGCACUGUGCCUUCUCCCUUGCCUGUGCAGUAAAUUCAGAUUAACACAGCUUCUCUGAAAAGUGCAGCCAGGGGCGCACAGCCAGAUUUGCAUGCAAGCACGUCAGCAGUGAAAGAGCAACAGGCCGGGUAUUAAAAGCGAAAGUACUUGGAUACAAAUAGUGCAAAGACAAAAGCGGCCUGCCUAUGUCGACUGCUGAUGUGCCUUGUGACCUCAAGCUGGCCCCUCAUCCCCUCUGGACUUGCCGUUCCCCCUGUGCAAGAGGAGGGGCGCCUGAGAUGGCUGGCCGUCCUCUCCGUUGAGCCUUUGCAGCAGAGUGGAAGGAGCAGCGGUUUGACGCCUCUCGGACGAAUACCUUUCUCUCGUGGCCAGGCUUAUUAUCCAUUUUCGAGACAUUCAUAACAAAAAAUCUCAAGCUUCCGUCAGUGACCCUAUGAAUGCACUACAGAGCCUGACUGGUGGGCCUGCUGCGGGAGCAGCUGGAAUUGGCAUGCCUUCUCGAGGCCCAGGACAAUCCCUGGGCGGGAUGGGUGGCCUUGGCACCAUGGGGCAGCCGAUGCCCCUCUCAGGGCAGCCGCCCCCUGGCACCUCGGGGAUGGCCCCCCACGGCAUGGCUGUUGUGUCUACAGCAGCUCCACAGACCCAGCUGCAGCUCCAGCAGGUGGCGCUGCAGCAGCAGCAGCAGCAGUUCCAGCAGCAGCAGGUGGCGCUGCAGCAGCAGCAGCAACAGCAGCAGCAGCAGCAGCAACAGCAACAGCAGCAGUUCCAGGCCCAGCAGAAUGCCAUGCAGCAGCAGUUCCAGGCGGUGGUACAGCAGCAGCAGCAGCAGCUCCAGCAGCAGCAGCAGCAACACCUGAUUAAACUGCAUCAUCAAAACCAGCAGCAGAUACAGCAGCAGCAGCUACAGCGGAUGGCACAGCUGCAGCUGCAGCAGCAGCAACAGCAGCAGCAGCAAGCUUUGCAGGCCCAGCCGCCACUACAGCAGCCACCGAUGCAGCAGCCCCAGCCUCCCCCUUCCCAGACCCUGCCCCAGCAGCUGCAACCGAUGCACCACCCACAGCACCACCAGCCGCCACAGCCCCAGCAGCCACCAGUUGCUCAGAACCAGCCAUCGCAGCUCCAGGCGCAGUCACAGACCCAGCCUUUGGUGUCACAGGCUCCGGCCCUCCCUGGACAGAUGCUGUAUGCCCAGCCACAGCUGAAACUUGUCCGCGCUCCAAUGGUGGUGCAGCAGCCGCAGGUGCAACAGGUGCAGCAGGUGCAGCCCCAGGUGCAGCAACAGACAGCGGUGCCAACAGCUCAGGCUUCCCAGAUAGUGGGUUCCGGAGUGCAGGUCAGCCAGAACAGCCUCACCAUGCUGUCCUCACCAUCGCCGGGCCAGCAGGUGCAGACCCCGCAGUCGAUGCCCCCUCCCCCCCAGCCGUCCCCGCAGCCUGGCCAGCCCAGCUCGCAGCCCAACUCCAACGUCAGCUCCGGCCCUGCCCCUUCCCCCAGUAGCUUCCUGCCCAGCCCCUCACCGCAGCCCUCCCAGAGUCCAGUGACGGCACGCACCCCGCAGAACUUCAGUGUUCCCUCCCCGGGACCUUUAAACACCCCUGUGAAUCCCAGCUCGGUCAUGAGCCCAGCUGGCUCCAACCAGGCUGAGGAACAGCAGUACCUGGACAAGCUGAAGCAGCUGUCCAAGUACAUCGAGCCCCUACGCCGUAUGAUCAACAAGAUCGAUAAGAAUGAAGACAGAAAAAAGGAUCUGAGUAAGAUGAAGAGCCUUCUGGACAUUCUGACAGAUCCCUCUAAGCGGUGAGUUUUGCCCCGGUCCUGGGGGCAGGACAGUGGUGUGCCCAUGUCUGGCAGCUUGGUUAGCCCAGCCUUGG